GGAGGUGACGUUAGGUCGCCGUAGAAAUGCGCGCGCAGGACGGUGGUUUGAAUUUUUUCCGGUUCUUUUUUUAAAAAAAGUUGAUUUUGGUUGUUGUUGUUAAUUAAGCUUUUUAUAUACAUAUAUGUGCAUAUCUCCAUUUAUAAUGGACUCAAUCGCUCUCCAGUCCGUCCGACGCUUUCACACCUUCUUGCUUCAACUCUGUGACCAGGAAAACAAAGGGAUGUUAAAGGAGCCUAUGCUGUAUGAGGAUGAUGUCCAAGUGCAUAUUGUAAGUGAAGCAAACAGAAGUCCCUUGCAAGCUUUCUGGAAGGAGGAUAUGCCCAUCUUUAUAGCAGAAAGAGCACCAUUUAAAGUGGAUGAGAACCACAUGGAAGACUCUUGUAAUAGCGAAACCAGUGAUCUAACAUCUGGCAAGUUAGAAGAGAAUAUGGAGCCUUUGCCCCUCUCUGUCAUGAAGGCAAGACAGUUGGUUUCCUGGUACACCUUGGCCCAUAAUCCACACAUGUCCCAGAUGGUCAACUGCAGUGCACCUACUGCCUUUCCCCUGCUGUGGGUGAGAUGUGAUGCCUCUGACCCUGAAGGUACUGUUUGGUUGGGAGCUGAACCCGUGAAAACUGGGAAGGAGGUUACAUCAAUAGUUUUCCAUAUAGUCACGUGCACUGGACCAAUUGUCGAAAAGAGCUCUUUCACAAGCCUAGAAGGAUUGAAAACUGCCCAUAAGAAUAGACAUUCUUGUUCUGCUGUAAUGACCAAGGGCUAUGCACAAUAUGAUCUGUUUGGUGCCACUGUAUUGGAGAGUACAAUUAUGGAGUCCCAGAGUAACAUUAUAGUGGAUUUCACUUGGAACAAUGUGGAGAAAAUCUUUGAAAUUCCACCACUUACAUCCAUUGCUACACUGAAUAUCAAAGUGGAACCUGGAAACAUGAGAAGUCCUGUUAUUCAAAUACAUAAGGAGCUAGAAUUUCUCCUUGUUUUAGCUCAAGGUUUGAAAACAGGCGAAACAGAGUGGCCAGAAGUUUUAGAAGAAAAAUCUGCAGUUACUGAUGUGCAGGAGUUAAUUGAAGACCUAAAGAACCAGCUCAAUGCCUCUCAACAGCAAUUAAAGAGCAAGGAGACUGAGAAAUUAAAAAGUGAUGCAGCUGCUGUUGAAUCAACCAUUCAUGCGUCAUUUGCUCCUGAACGUGGAGAUCUCGAUUUUGCAGAGCAGCUUUGGACCAGAAUGAGGAAAACUGUUUCUUCAUACCAAGAUGUGGUAGAUUGCUUGAUGCUAGUUAUUCAACAUCUAAAGUGCAAGGACAUUCAACCAUGGAUCCACCGAGGAAGCAACAGUUCUCUCAGCAAGCUGAUUCAGCAAUCGUACCAUGGCACUAUGCCCACGGUCUCUGUUAAUGGACUUACUGCUAUCCGAAUGCUAUUGGAGAUAGGACUGGAUAAAUUGCGGAGGGAUUACAUAAAUUAUUUUAUAGGUCAAGAACUCACGACUUUGAAUUAUUUGGAUUAUUUUGUGAAUUACACUGUAAAUUUAGAAGAGCAGGUACUCCGUCUCCAAAAACUCCACCACAUGCUCGAGCUGGUAGUGAGUUGCAGUGCCUUCCUCAACUUGAGCCAUGAAAACCUCUUUACGUUGACACAGUCCUGCUCACGAUACUACAAGGACAAUCCAUUUGAUGAACAGCAUGUUUUUCAGUUGCCAAUCAGACCCACGACGAUCAAUGCUUUCUAUGAGAAUGAAAACCCCAUCAUGUGGAGAAUGGAAAUUAUUAGUUGCCACGGGCAGAGAGAAUUGAAGACCGUGUGGCAGCUCAACACUAGGCCGCCAGUGGAUCAUGUGACAUUUAGUACCCCAGAUCUGACAGUUGAUGAUACAACUUUGAACAGUGAUUACGAGGAGGCAUUUUAUUACAACGCAGUGAUCAGCUGCAGUCAGGCACAUUUCGUAUAAACCUUUAGAAGAAAAGGUUCACCUGUAGCAGGACUAUAUGCCUGUGCACUUCAGCACCUUGUAUCCAAGACAUUAACAAAAAUGUGUCUUCAUUUUUCUCCUAGAUUUUUCUACUUCUUUCUGUCAUGCUGUUUUAGCUAUAAUUUUUAAAAUCAUUGCCUAUUAUUUUUUAUUCCUAAUAAAGGUAUUUUGUGUGCA